UUGGGCUGUGCUCUCAUGCUGCUUGCUUAUGCAGAAUCUGGUAUGUUUCUUUUCAGUUUGUGUGUCUCGGUUUCUUGAUGCAUUUUUUUUUCUCUCGAACACUUCUUGAUGCAUUCGGUUAAGUUUAGAGAUGGUUUUCCUUUCCUAGCAAGAUCUUGCAGCAUUUCUGAAGGUUUGGUUGAUUGGUUAUCCUUUGAUCUGGUCUUGUUUGGCUUAGUGGCCACCUCCGUUUCUUUCUGGAUGCUGCUUUACCACCGUAAUCUGGCCAUUCUUUUGUGAAACAGUAGGAUGAUCAAAGAAAGGAUGUUUCGACAUUGAGUUUUUACUGCUUAUGUUGACUGAAUCCAUUCAUUACCCUGAUGAACUGACUUGAUGUAUCAUUCGUUCCUCCGAUCCUGGAUGUCUGGUGUUUGAGAUUGAGCCAUUUGUUUCUCUGAGUCAUACUCAUAUACCAUUGGUUCCUUAGUUUUAUUAAGAAUAGACUGGAGCUAAUUGCAUGUACAUUUGUUUUGAAUUGGAAAACAUUUUAUUAUCCAGCCGACAAGGGCUAGGUACCUUCCAAUCAGUAGAUACACUGAUAUCUUGAUUUGGACUACCUCAAAUAAGAGGCUGCUGACACUGUUGUCAACUGCAUGCUGAUGCCACACUAUUGCAGUGAUCUAGUCUAUAUUACUUCAGGUUGAGUUUAUCUUAAAUGUUUUCAUUGUCGGAGAACCAUGAUCCUGUAUACUGUAUUCAUUUUUGCGGUAUUAAUCAUUCAGCUGUCAUAUUUGUGACUGCUAUAGUUAUUGUUCCUGAUGAUGCACGCCUUCAGUUUUCAGAUAGUGCUUCAAUCUGAUACAACUUCUAGCUUCCCAGAAAGUUUUGUGAGUAUGAAGCCACCUUUGGAGAGGAACCCUACCAAGAAGCGCCAUUCGUGGUGGUGGGACAGUCACAUUAGCCCCAAGAACUCGAAAUGGCUUGCAGAAAAUCUCGAAGAAAUGGAUAAGCAAGUGAAGGAAAUGCUCCAGCUGAUUGAGGAGGAUGGCGACUCCUUUGCAAAGAAAGCACAGAUGUACUACCAGAAGCGUCCAAUGCUCAUCACUCAUGUCGAGAAUUUCUACCGGAUGUACCGUGCUCUAGCUGAGCGCUACGACAAUGUCACUGGUGAAUUGCGCAAGAAUAUCCCAACAAGGCUGCAGUCGACAGGAUCUUUAGCCAGUUCAGAGUGUGGUUCUGAGUUCCAGAGGUCACCCUCACCAUCUCCUGAACCACUACAGAGGUCAUGGACAAGGGAGCAGAGUCCUAGAGCUGCCGGCUUUGAUUUCUUCCUGAGCAACAAGAACAAUGACUCGCCAGCAUCAAGGAAGGAACCCGAGGACCUGGCGUCACAGUCAGAGUCUGAUGCAAAAUCCGAAGAUGGUGAGGAUGAUGGCAUUGCCUACACAUUGCAUCAGAGAGUUCUUGAACUUGAGGACGAGCUCAAUAUGACAAACCAGAAACUGCGUGACGCAGAUGAAAAACUUGAGGUUUUGGAGGAGAAGAGCUUGAUGUGCCAUUGUGAUUAUAAAGAGAAUGGAAAUGCUACUGAUCAAACAAAGAAAGUUUCAGACAUAGAGGGUUUGUCCAAGGAGAACUCUAAUCUGCUGGAACAAAACACGAAGCUGGAAGCUGAAAUUAUCAAGCUCAAGGAAGAAGUGGAUUCAGCAAGAAGGCAAUUUGAAGAGGAAUUGUCUGAAAGAGAGAGAGAAAUCAGCAGGUUAAAGCAAGACCUUGCUGAUGCUUCUGAAAAAUUGCUGCAAGAGAAGUCCAUUAACGGUGCACGGAUAUCUGAUCUCCAAAAAUCAAUUGAAGACAUCAGGUCCAAACUAGAGAGAGUUUCUGAAGAGAAAUUACUAGUUGAGAAGCAGGUUAAGGAGCUGGAGGAAGCAAAUACUGAAGCUGAAAAGUACAGUCAAGAACUGACUGAAGGUGCUGAAAGGCUUUCAGAGGAGAAGUUUAAGCAUGAAGCUGAGAUUCUCACAAUGCAGCAGAGCAUUGAAGAUCUGAAGUCCAGAAUUGAGAGCCUUGCUCAAGAGAAAUCGUUGAUGACAUCAUGGUUCGCAGACUUGGAGCAAGUUGUGGGGCGGGGAAGGAGCAUUUUCGCUGAGUAACCGAGUUUAAUUGGAAACGUCGGUAACUAGAAUUUAGCAAGUUAGCAACAUUUUAUUUUUUCCAUAUAUAUACCAUCAUGUGAAAUUAAGAAGCCCUACCAUAUGCAAGUCUACUUCCAUUGUCCUUGCUGAAUUCUUACUUACGACGUGAUGGAUGGUGGUGAUGUACUAGUGACACAUGAGAUAUUGCACUGAACGUACUCACUCGGCAAUAAAAUACCCAUGGUGUAUUUGCACGUUCAGUCCCAACUCAUUUGGUUUA